UGACGAGUGCUGCUUGAGGCCAGAGGGUGACGGAAACGUGGGUUUGAAGACGGAAGAUGCCUGGCAUCUAGGGUUGCUGUUGUGUAGGAAGUGCGCGGUUUUUUUCUUUGGAAACUUCUGGAAAUAUUUAGAAAAGUCAUCACUUGUACGGCUGAUUUCUUUUAAACUUGAAAAGCUUGUUGGCCAUGAAUCGAGUUGCUGGGUCGUUGCUGCGAGGUUUUCUCAUUGUCCUGUGGGUUGGAGACCUGGCCGCUUCGGAGUACCUUGGCGACUGCUCGCAGCAGGGCCUAAAUUGCACAGUUCUAUCUGGCAACUGUUUGGAUGCCAGCUGGUUGAUACCAUCUCCCUGGACACCUUCAUUUCCUAAAGAGCUUCGGGUAGCCAUAACCAAGCAAAGGAAUGCUGGUGGAUUCUACAAGCCUGUACUGUCCAUCAGAUGGAAAUUGGCAACAGAUGCUAGUAUAACUUACUCUCAAGGAAUAGAGAUCUCUUUGACAAAAUGGAGCACUGGAGAGAAAAAGUGCAUACAAUACCAGUUCAAUCACAGAAUUACAUCCCAAGUAAAUCCUCAAGGAGAGAAGUGGGCAUUCUUAUUGGAGAGAUUUGAAGUAGAUCCAGGCCAGGAAUACACAGUAACAGCAUGCAGUUUACCAAGAGCCAAAAUUGGUGAAGAUAGUGAUUGUCCACAAGUGGCAUACAUUGUGCCUGGUUGCAGCCAUAACUUGAUGAAGUAUACCGAGGUUUGCAAGCUAAGAGGCAGUCUAUGGAAUCCUAAUGUGACAUACAUCAGAAAUGAAAUGAAGAUGACCGUCUUCUUCCAGACUGGAAAUUAUUCAUAUAAGUACAAUGUCAUGUUGCAAAGUCUUGAAUCAAGUAAGAUCUGCAAUACUGCUACACAAACUCUUGAGGAGAUAGUGGAACAAAGAGUAAAUGUAACUUUUUCAAUUGAAAACUGGAUGCAAAGCUGUACUACUUAUGAAAUUCAGAUUAUUCCAUUUUUUGAAGGUUGUCAUCAUGACUGCAAACGGGCCAUUCAAACUGUUACUCCCAUUGUAACAACACAAGCAAAACCAACAGCACAAACAGUAAAAGAUCCAGCUGAACGGACACAUUACUGUGUUGGCACUGGUGUAAUCAUAUUGGUGAUUGCUUUUUGCUGUACUGCUUGGGUACGGAUGAAAUCCAAGCCAAUUGAAACAAUAAAACCACCAGGAGAAGAGGUGCUACCCGAACGCCAAACGCAAAAGAAAGUUCUGAUCAUUUAUUCGUUGGAUCAUAGCCUCUACUGCAAUGUUGUUCUGGCAUUUGCACGCUUCCUGAUGACUGUCUGUGGCACCAAAGUGACUUUAGAUUGUUUACAGAGUAAUGAGGUUGCUGAAAUCGGGCACAUCAAUUGGCUUACAUUUCACAAACACGAGUCGGACAAGAUUAUCAUUCUGUGCUCCCGUGGAACCAGGGCAAAGUGGGAUGCUAUGCUGUCUACGAAACAGAGAAAGAUAUUACUGAAAAGUGAAGAACGCUCACCAAUGCGUGACAUGUUUACUCCAGCCAUGAACCUGAUUUUGCCAGAUUUUAAACGCCCAGCUUCAUUUGGAAAAUACAUUGUUGCAUAUUUUGAUGACAUCAGCCAUGAAAAUGAUAUACCUGAUCCCUUUAAUGUUGUUGUGAAGUACAAACUAAUGAAGCAGUUUGAGGAAAUACACUUCAGAGUGCAGGAUUUGGAAAAAUAUGAGCCUGGAAAGACUUUGCAUGUGGCAGGAAUAACACAGAACGAUUAUCAUACACACCCAUCUGGCGAAGUACUGAAAAAGGCAAUAGAGAAGUUUAAGUUGUUUCAAAUGAAACAGCCAGAUUGGUUUGAAAAAGAAUGCAUCACAUCCCCAGAGGAAGCAGGGAUGGAAGAAGAAUCAUCUGUAGAUUUUUCAGCAAUUCAACAAAAUAUUGUGCAAUAUAAGCCUUAUGAUGUGCCUUGUGCUGUGAAUGAAGUAUGCAUGGCCAUAUCAAAUGAGGAGACGUUUGUACAGUGUCCUGUAGGAAAUGAGUACGAUGGUCAAGGCAUAGGCUUGUCACAGAAUGUGAUUGGGAUAGGCACCAAUGAAGCACAAGUUCCAAACGCAACACACACCUUAGAGCCAUUGUUUUGUACAUCCAUAUUGGACUGUCACCAAACUGUUUUAAACUUCUCCGAUUUUGACUCUUCUCAAAAGACAGAAGGAUCCCUGGAAAGAGAUUGUAUAAUGCAGAAUGAUAUCAGAACUGUUCCUCAAUAUGCUUGUGAAAGCAACAUCACAGUAAAUGAGGCGAUGACAGACUCUGGUAGUGAACAGAAGUUGGGUAUUUCUGAUGAUGUAAAGAGGAGACUUGAAGACCUUCAGCAAAUGCUGUUCUUCCAGGGUUUGAUGUCAUCUGUAGACUCGGCCAGUGAGGUUGCUGAAUAUCCACAAUCUCACUUACUCCUAGAGAAAGGAGAAAAUACAGAUUUAGACCAGGGCUAUAGUUCCCAACAGUCGGUUGAUGAAAUUCCAUUAGGAAAUGUGAGCAUUUCUUCUGAUGCAUUAAAUGAGUUGAAAGUGCUGCAGAUGGCUUUACUUAAUGAAAGCUUGGGAGUGACUGAGUAGGAAGCAAGCACACUGCUCAAUGAUUAAGACUUACAGAUGCUCUCUGAAUUCAAUACAGUGAUACUGACAUUGGUUUUAGGUACGUCAGAGUUGAUACUUUUGUACACCUAUGACUGAGCAAACACACAAAAUCUAUUUUAAAACCAAAGUUUUAGGUAAAUUGAAAAUUCUCAAAUGAGAGCAGAAUAAUUUUGAGGUCUUGGAUGCCUGUUUGGGUUUAUGGGAAGGGUUCUUUAGGGUAAAAUGGACUCCACUCAAGAUUUGCACAAGUUUGAAAAAAAAAUUGAAUACAGAUAUAAUUGCAAUAGGACUUGCUGUUUCCUCAAUUGUAGAACUUGUUGAACUGAAAUUCAAACAUGUUUCAAAACAUUAAUCAUGAAUAGACACAAAACAUUGUUUAUUUUUUUUCAAAUUGCAACCUCCAGUGUUGUCCUAAAUUAGGAUGGAAACUGCAGAUUAUGCUACAUGAAUAAUUUAUAGGGGAUAGAGAAAUCUGCCCCCGCUACUUGUCAUAAAACAAUAUGGAAAGGUUAUCGCCUCAAAGAAUAGCAGCACUCAGAAGGAGAUUGAAACAAGGCUACAACAAGAGUAUAUGGUCACAAUCUUGAUUUUGUGCUUGUUUACCUUUAUUGCGAAGUCUUCCUGUCCAGCUGCACCAAAUGAAGACAAAUUUGUGAAGGUGUGGCACACUUCAUGAUCAUUACAGGAAGCACUGCUUCAGUUACAGACAAGCCUCCAUCGUUUGAGAACCAAUGGCUUGGAGCUCUUGAUUGGGUGUUGCAGAUUAUUGCAAUGGAAAAUUAGCAAUCCAAAGAAAGGUUUCAGUUGGGGAUGAGGGAAAAAACUGGUGAUUAAAAAUUGGGGCUUCAAACAGAGUAGUGGAAGAAAGGGAACUUGGGAUUUGAGGAACCUGUGGGGUUGUGAGGAUAGUUAGGCAUGAAUAAUCAGAAAGAAUGAGAUUGGUGGGAGACAAGCCAGAAAGGUGAAAGGUAAUUCAUGUCAGUGAGGUCACAGUCCAGUAAAGUAGUGAAGAUCUUAUUGCCCCAGGACUACCCAGUAAUUGUCAUUCAGGAGUCAGUAUUGUCUCUAAUGCUCUGUGGGGAAGGUCUGCACAAGAAUUGUGUCUGCUGUGAAACUAGUGUUAGAUAAACAAGCGCAAAUUGCAUUGAAAAGUGUCGUAUUGAAUUUCUGGGAUAACAAACAGUCAUGACUGUGUUUCAGUUUAUGAUAAGUCAUCUUGAUCCUGAGGAAUUAUUUUAGAGGUACAAGUUUCUGUUCUUAAAUGUUCAAAUGGUGCUUUGUGGGUUGACUUCUAAACUAUUAUAUUUUGGAUUAUUGCAAUAUAGAACACUGUUUAGCACAGAUGGGUUAAUUGCCAAUAAAUGAUGAACCUUGAUAAUGUUUGCCAUAAAAAUCAAAUGUCAAAUGUUGUCUUAAAGUAGAGGUGAAGAAGAGUCCUGAUUGGGAACUGUUUAAUUAAGAGUGUUAUGAUGGAAAUUCUAAAGAAUGCGUGAUAUUUAUAAGCUCUGCUUGUGUAAUUAAUACCUUUGUACAUUGUAUAAACAUGAAUAUUUUA